CCACUCGCUUGUGGGCUCAACGGAAAAACCCUCCUAAACCCCAAACAUUUCAUUUCCUCUCCACUCUCCUCAGUCCUCAGUGGGCCACCACUCCAAAAUGUUCCUCCAGAGGCAGCGCGUCGCCGUCCUCACCCAAGCACUCCAAUUCCAACUCCGCCGCUACACCCAAUCAUCCGCCGCCGCCCUCCUCUACCCGGACCCCGAACUCGACCGCGACCUCGAAUCCACCACAUCCUUCCCGAUACCCGACCCGAAGUACGCCGAGACCAUCUUCGCAGUCCCACGCACCACCUCCGGCAAGAGCAUCGCCGCCAAAGAGCGCAAGGCCGGCCGCGUCCCCAGCAUCAUUUUCGAGCAGGAGGACGGCCAGCACGGCGGCAACAAGCGCCUCGUUUCUGUGCGGACCAACCAGAUUCGCAAGCUCGUUGGUCAUCUCGGCCGCUCUUUCUUCCUCUCCAGGCUCUUCGACCUCGAGGUUCGCUCCGACUUCGACUCUGAAAACGACGUCGUUGAACGGGUCCGCGUUUUGCCUCGCUCGAUUCAUCUGCACUCUGCGACGGACGCACCGCUGAAUGUGACCUUCAUACGGGCUCCUUCUCAUGCUUUGUUGAAAGUCGAGAUUCCUCUUGUAUUUCGAGGAGAUGAUGUCUCUCCUGGAUUAAAGAAAAAUGGUUGUCUAAAUACGAUCAAGAGGACUGUAAAGUUCCUUUGUCCUGCUGAUGUGAUUCCUCCAUAUAUUGAUGUGGAUCUGAGCGAGUUGGAUGUUAAUCAAAAGAUAGUAAUGGGAGAUCUCAAAGUUCAUCCAGAUCUCAAGCUUCUCCAGUCGAAGGAUGAGCCUGUUUGUAAGAUCACGGGAGCAAGGGUUUCUGAACAAAAGAAGUCUAAAGACAAAGACUCUAAAUAAUUGCGGUCGUUGGAUUCUGGUUGCUCCUUAUUAAGAAAAAUGGCUUCCGGCAUUAUAUCCCUUCUCAGCUAACAUGUUUACAUGUUGUUCGACCCAUAUCUUUUGAUCUUGUAAUGGUCGUGGAAGACAAGUUGAUGGAAUGCAACUGUGAGUUUUCAUCUUCUUUUUUGCAAUUUUGUGGGUAUAUUUCACUUCGGUGGGGGGAAAUGUGGUUUGGCGGCGAAGGAUGCCAUUUGAGAGAGGAAGAAACUGGUUCUGCUUCGUGAUUCUUGUGAAUCUGAGCCAGGAUUCUAUGACAAUAAGAAUGGUAGUUUCUGAAUGUGUUGUCAAUGUAUAUGCCAGUGUUCUGAAUAGGCAGCUAGACAGAUCAAAUAUGUUAUUUGAUUGCUCAAUUUUGAUGUUUCUUUUGCAAUUUCUCUCA